GGCGUUCUCGAUAAAAUAGGUAUAAAAAAGUGAUUAUGUCUAGCAAAAAGAAGAAGAAUGUAGUGGCGGAUCCAAAUAUUGAUUCAAAAAAACAAAUAUUAGAAUCUCUUAAGCAACAGUGCUACGCGGCAGAACGGAUUUUAUCUAUAAGCACGGGUCAACAAAAAAGACUAGAUGUUGACAUCGAUAAUCUUCAGCGGCAAGUCGCACUUUCUCAACAAAAAAACGAAGAAAUUGAUAAAACUCUGGAUGACGACGUAGCGUAUAUGCAAAAAAUGUACACAACCAAUGAGGAUAUACUUAAGCAGCGGUAUGAGAAACUUGUUCAAAACGCUGAGGAUGAGGAAAAGGAAAAUCGCGAUCUGAGAGAAAAGCUAGAGGAAAUCAAAAGACGGAAAGAGGAAGAACUCCGCUACAGGGAAGCUGACAUCGAGGAGCAGAAACGCCUUAUUGAUCAACAAGUUCUCCUGUUUGGUAUGAAACUCAAGGAAGUCCUUGAGCGAAUGCAAUAGAGACGUUACUAAUUAUACAAUAAUGUCCAAUGAAACAGAUAAAAAUUGAACAUAUUUGGUAUAUUAUGCAUGUAAAUAUAUGCGCUCCGAACCUCUCUCGGUUCUUGACUUUA